ACGAAAGAUUUUAAUUAUGAACAGUGCCUGACUUUCGGGAUCCCUGGCGGUGCGCGGGCGCGCGCUGUGGAAGCGUGCACGUGGGUAUGUGUGCGUGCGCGCGUGCCUGUGUGGGCAAUCGGUCGCCUACGCGCUGAGCUGCGGAUAAAUCCGUAUAUUCACGAGUUUCUCAUUCUGACAGACUCCGACUCUCUCCAUCUCUCUCUCUCUCUCUCUCUCUCACACACACAAGAUGUCUGAUACGGAGCCGAAAUCAGCACAGGAUUUAACCGUUGUGGUACAGAGCUUACUGCAGCAGAUGCAGGACAAGUUCCAGACCAUGUCCGACCAGAUUAUCGGAAGAAUCGAUGAAAUGAGCACCCGCAUCGACGACCUGGAGAAGAACAUUUCUGACCUCAUGACUCAGGCAGGCGUGGAGGAUUUUGAUGGAGAGAACAAAUUUGGUGAUGCAUCAGGAACGGCUUGAUGAAGACAAAGAGCCGCAGAUCAUAUAAGUACAUGAGUGUAUGCAGUUUUGGUAUUGGAAGAAUCCCUGUAUGUUUCUGGGGAGCAUCCUGCGAUCUGUAGCCUGUGGUCAAAAGAGACUGUGAUGUGUGACGUCAUGGAUGUUCCUCUCCUAACACUCUAACCUCCUCCUCCCUUUCUUCUCAUAUUAAUCUCUCAUUAUUUGUAGUGAUAAUGAUCGCUCAUUCCUUCACGUGUCUUUCACAAAUUCACACCGCAUAAAAUCCUACGUGCUGAACUUUAACUGCAAGAGCAAACCAGAAGAACACAGAUCUUAUUAAACACCUGAUGUACUGUGAAUUUCCAUUCAGAUUCCCAGCAAAUUUAUUGGUGCUGUUCACAGAAUGUUUCUGCUAAGACCACUGGGGAACGACUAGUAUGACACCCUGUGUGACUACUGUAUCUCGAAUAAAACAUGUUCUCAUAAUAUCAACAAUCUCAGUAUUUAAGAAAAAGUCUGAGGUAAGAUAUUUAUUUCGGUUAUAUAAAAAACGAUAAGAUUCAGCAGUGGUUUAUAAUUAAACUGCCUGAAUACAAUCUAUGAUUUGUAUCCAGGAACCUAAAACUGUAUAGUGUAACAUUUAAUGAAUGAUCAUAUUCUGUACUGUAUACACAAUAAUAUAACAAUUAUACAUAUAAUAUUUAAAAAAAAAUUGUUUAUUUUAAAGCCACUAAACUCUGGAGAAUCUCAGGCUGUAUUUAAAUAAAACAACAGUUAUGGUAACAUUAUAGCAUUUUUGUCAAAUUAGUGUGUUUUUUUGUGUGGGUUUUUUUUUAAUGCUUUUAAUUUAAUUAUUAUUCAAGAGGCCAUUGUGAGAUUAUUAGUUGUUUCUUAAUAAGUCUUAAUAAUUUAUUAAUGUUUCUUAUAUCUAUAGCCAAAGUAUUAAUAUUCAUCCCUAACCUGGAACCUGCUGUAAAAUUUUAACCCUGUUAAAAUAUUACGAAUGUUUAUAAAUAUGUAAUUUUUAACCUUGUAAGAUUUUAAGUGUAUACAUGAAUAACAGUGAGCAUGUAAUUAAACACUAAACAUUUUAGAGUAUUUCAAGUAUAUUCUAUUAAAAAAUGUGCAACUCUUUUAGGGCUUUUUUAGUUGUCCCUGUGCUGGAAAAAAAAUUGUUGGUGCUUUGUUAUAAUAAAAAUUUAUUUUUUAGGAAAACAUUAAAUUCUCUUCUAGUGUUAAAUCUAAUUUGUGUAUCAGUGCUGCGUGACUUUUUUUAUGCCAAAGGAGAGUCAGAAAGCAUUCAAAAUAUAUUUUUUAUUUUUACAUAUAAAAUGCAUCUAUAUCCACUGAGGUUUCUGUGACCUAAAAGGUAAUAUUUAACACCCCCCCACCCCCUCCAAUAUAAUACUACAGGGUGUUCAGUAAGUCAAGCAUAAUUGGAAAUUAAAAAUAAAUAAUAUAUUAAUAAAUGUCACAAAAAUCUUUGGUUGGAUUGUUCACCAUUUUGGCAAGAAAAAAAAAAUCUGUGAUGUUUUGUGAUGAUGUCAGGAGUAUAAUAUUGUCACACACCUCAAUAACAUGCUGACGUAAAUAUGCAACAUUUCUAAUUUUCAUGCAAAUUUACAUGCAAAUUGACUUCAAAGUGAGCUAUUAUCCUUGCCCAUAUAUGGCCAUUUAGAUCAUUGUAAAUAAGUAUAUAAAACUAUCUAUUAACCCUAUACAUGGUGCUAGACACUGUACGUUUUUAUCUGUUAUACAUGCAGUUAUACAUAUGAAUAUGCAUAUUAAUUUUUAUGAAUAUUUAACAUGUAACACCAAAAAUAAUGUUCUGAUCUUUGCAUAGUGAUUCAUAGUUUGUUGCAACUCAGUUGGUUAGCUACUGGAAAUCUCAUCAAUUAGUUAAUAUAAUAGUCAUUUAAUAUAUUAAAUUAACACAUAGAAAGUAGCAUAUAUUUAUGUAUUUAUUUAUUUUUUAGAUAUGUUUGUGUUUCUCAUGCAAAUUUGCAUCAUUGAUAUCAGAGAUGUUUGAAACUCUGAAACACCUUGAGGUAUAUGAUUGAAAUUGAUGAGAUACCCCCGAGUCUGCUCUGUGUUUUCUGAAUUGUUUAGCUGGAUUUUUUUUUUGCUCAGGAUAUGAUUGCAUACAUCCUUACAUACAUGAUUGUAUACAAAAUUGUAUUCUCAUCUCUUUUGUAAUUUCUUUAACAAACAACCCUACUAACUCCAGGUUGUUUUUUUUCCAUUUCCCCUUUACGAUCAUCUUGUCGGCUCAGGGAGAAAUUUCCAUUCUACUUUUUUUGUUGUUGUUGUUUUUGCCUAGAUUAGAACCUGAAUUAAAAAGACAAAAGUAACUUUUUUGUUGUUUAACCCAGAUUUAGAGUAAGGAUAUAAUACAGUUUGGGCUAAAUGUGAUGAUCUGUACAGCAGGAAAAAGAGUGUUUACAUAAAAAUCUACUUAAAUUAACUAAAUAAAAUUAAUUGACCCAAUGUUUUAAACUGGACAUGUUUAAAUAGUAAUUGUGCAGUGAAAUGCUGGAAUUAUUACAGUACUGUUCUCUUCAACACAGGUGCUAUUUCAUUUGUUGAAAUGAAAGAUGAUUCACUGGUAAUAUAUCUAUCUUACAGUAUGUAAACUGUGUUAUGCAAUGAGUGUUGCAUGAUGGUAUUCAGCCUGCUUCGAUGUUAGAAACAAAUUAUUUGUGACUGUGGUCAUGACUUUCCAGUCAGUUGUUUCCUCUUUGCUAUUGAUACUUAAUAAAGGAAUGACUGAUUUCUGUGUGAUCUUAA